AUGGCCAAUCCAAAUGUAAGGACUACACCUAGACUUAAAGUUUCUUUAACUGACACUUCACCUCAUAAGAAAUUGAAUGAAAACGAAACCAAGCCGCCGCCGCCGCCGGGCGUAAAGUUAGAACAAUGGAAACGGUUGCAAGAAUUAAAGAGACGACGAGAAGAAGUUCAAAAUGGUGGUGGUAAAAAGAAAAAUAAGCAAGACGAUCGCUCGUCCACAAACUGUCGAGAAGAGCUGGAGGAAAAAUCAGGUCGAAAAUAUUCGGAUUCAUCCUCUGCACCAGAUCAAACUACUUCGCAAUCGUCAACACACCAUUUAGAUCAGACAAUUUCUCCAAUAAUACCGAAAGGUCUAAUAAAAUACGUAAACAUGAAUUCGCAUUUGAAAGGAGUAGAUCAUGGCCGCCUAGCUCCAAAAGGUCGAUUGGAGAAAGAACUUGAUAAAGCUGUAGAGAGUGGGGAAUUAGAACUAGCUUCAAAAAUAAGCGAUCAAAUUGCACAAAGAAAUUAUGAAAAUACGAUGCGAGAAGCAAUAGAACGUAAAGAGUACGAUGAGAGAAAAAAACGUGAAGAAGAAUUGAAAGCAAAAAAGAAAAAACCCAAAUUGAAAUGGGGAUUUGAGUCAAAGCAUCGUUGGGAGACCAAGAGCAAUAUGUAA